CCCCACUCACGCCUCAAGUCUCUCAACACGCCCCUCAGAGAAAAAGAGAGCGAGAGUGUGAAAAUGCCUUGUUCAACAAUCAUGUCAUCUUCGCAAUCUCAAUCUCAAUUUCUGGUGGUCUCUAACUGCACUGUCUUUCCUGAUCGCAAAUCCAUAAUCGGAAACCUCAAGCUCUCCGUCUCCGACCUCCCCAUGCUCUCCUGCCACUACAUUCAAAAAGGCUGCCUCUUCACCCGCCCUCCUCUCCCCAUCCACUCUCUCCUCUCUCUCCUCAAAAACAGCCUCUCCCGCACUCUCACCCACUUCCCCCCUCUCGCCGGCCGUCUCUCCACCGAUUCCCAAGGCUACGUCUACGUCACAUGCAAUGACGCCGGAGUUCACUUCCUUCACGCCAAUGCCUCUCACAUUCACAUUCGCCACAUUCUCUCUUCCACCGAUGUUCCCGACUCUGUCAAGGACUUGUUUGCUUUUGAUCGGACUGUCAGCUACGAAGGCCAUUUCAACCCCAUUUUGGCCGUUCAGGUGACGGAGCUCGCCGACGGCGUCUUCAUCGGUUGCUCCGUCAACCACGCCGUCACUGACGGCACUUCGUUCUGGAAUUUCUUCAAUACAUUCGCCGAAGUUUGCAGGGGAGGAGCAAGGCGGAUUUCGAGGCCCCCGGACUUCCGCCGCGACUCUGUCCUGAUUUCUCCGGCUGUCCUCGGAUUCCCCGACGGCGCUCCUAAAGUCACCUUCUCCCUCGAUGCGCCAUUGCGCGAGAGAAUCUUCAGUUUCAGCAGAGAUUCGAUUCUCAAACUCAAAGCCAAAGUCAAUAAUUACCGACAAUUGAUCGACAACGGAACAAUUAACACCGCCGCCGAGUUAAUGGGGAAGCAAAGCAACGACACGCUGAAAGUCUCCGACGGAAAAUUCACCGCAAUUCUCGAGAAUUUGCUGAGAAACGGUAUCGGCGGAGCAUCAAAUUCCAAAACGACAGAGAUUUCGUCGUUUCAGUCACUCUGCGCGCUACUCUGGCGAGCGGUGACGCGGGCGAGGAAGCUUCCGGGGUCGAAGAAGACAACGUUUCGGAUGGCGGUGAACUGUCGCCACCGGCUCCAGCCGAAGCUCGACCCGUACUACUUCGGAAACGCGAUACAGAGCAUACCCACCUACGCCACAGCCAACGACGUUUUGUCUAGGGAUUUGCCGUGGUGCGCGGAGCAGCUGAAUAAAAAUGUGCUGGCUCACAAUGAUGGUACGGUGAGACGGUUCGCAGAGGAUUGGGAGGGCAACCCACGGUGUUUCCCUUUGGGGAACUUUGAUGGGGCUAUGAUCACAAUGGGUAGUUCGCCCCGAUUCCCCAUGUACGACAACGAUUUCGGGUGGGGUAGACCCAUAGCGGUUCGGAGCGGGCGGGCUAACAAGUUUGAUGGUAAGAUCUCGGCAUUCCCUGGCCGAGAAGGAGAAGGGAGCGUGGAUCUGGAAGUAGUGUUGGCGCCCAAAACUAUGGCGGGUCUUGAGUCCGACUUGGAAUUCAUGCAGUAUGUUUCGGGUCGUUGAAGCUAUUGCUUGCUGUUGAUGAUGAUUUGGACAGGCUGUGGAGGUCAUGGGUUUGGACAAUAUGGAUUUUAUGCGGACAUCAAUAAAUAAAUUUAGUAAUGAAAAAUGUUUGGGACAAUUUUAUAACCUUUAAUUUCAUCUUGGCCUUUGCCGUGUGUACGGAGUCCACUCGUAAAUGUGUGGCCCCACACUAUAAGUGAUUAGAAUGAGAGUGAGAGUUAUAAAAGAUGGGGUUAUAUAUGUGUAGGAAUUUUCAUCACAAUUUUUUAGUAAUACAAAAAAAAAUUGAACAUCUUGUCAGCACAUAAA